GAUCUUUUCAAUCAAAUAGAAAGCACAAAAGUUUUACAAAGAAAGUGAACAAAAUUAUUUAUUUUUAUAGUCAGAAAUUUGGGAAAAUUUACAACCACGCAUAAUAAUCGCCAACCCAACUCAAGAAAUCAGUGAGAAAGUAUUCAAGCAUGGAAUCGGAGGAUGAGGUCGGCUGCAAGCUCAGUUUCGAAUCGUGCGAAUCGAUAAAUUUGCACUUGGAUCUGGCUAAGGAAUCGGAUGGGUGCGAAUCCGGCUCAUCGCAAUCGAACAGCGUCACGCAAUCGGAUGGGAACACGUCGAACAUAUUGAGUGUGCCAACAGAUUCGGGUUCCUCAAUUGAUAUUCCGUUGAAGGCCUUGAAGGACUGGAACCUAAUGGAGCACUUUAAGAAGGAUCCGAAAGGAUUCCCCGAUAAGAACAAACUUGUUAUGCAGAAGAAAAAGAUGACCAAUCAGGCCGUUGAGCAAUCGAAGAAUGACAGGAAGCUGCUGCUGGAGGAGCAAAAGCUCCUCAGCUAUCUGCGCCAGUUGCUGGAGGAUUGCAAAAAUCGUGUCGAGAGUGUGAUCGACUGCCGCAAAGUGGCCAAACACAACGUCAUCUGCACCGUCAUCCAAAACGAACUCUUGCAAUGUCAAAAGAUCUGCGCUGGCCUAACAGCUGAAAAGGAGCAGCUCGUGGAGGAGCUCAACUUGUACAAGAGUCAGGCACUGGAUGAGAUGGCUGAGGGGGGUGGUGGCGGGUGCGACAGCACUCGGAAAUACCAAAUACUUAACAAGGCACUCAGAAACCAACUCGAACUCAGUCAAGGCACCAUUCUGGAGCUGGGAAAGCGAAACGAAGAGUUGAAUAAGAACGCCGCAGCGACACUGCAGUCCACCGAGCUGCAGGAGGAGCUGAGCUUCUACAAGAAGCAAUACUUUGAUGACAAUGCUGAGGAGUUGCAGAAAAACAAAGAGCUGCAGGAGGCUCUGACGCGAAUGCAAACGAACUUCAAGACUCUGGAAGUUGCCAAUGAGCGCCUCUCGAGUGAAAUGGAGGUAUACAAGGAGUCGUUUUUCCAGGACGAAUCAAAGGGUGAUAAGAAAAUCAAGACUUUAUGCCUCAGUCUGCAAAGUGAACUCGAAGAGACUAAGAAAAUAAUUGACAAUUUUCGAGCUGAGAACGACAAGUUGAAUGAGAAAGUCGCAGACAUGAAGCUGAUGUUGAACAGCAUGGACCUAAAAGCGAAGAGACUCAAGGUUACCCUUGACAUGAACGCGGAACUGGAAGACCGAGCGGCUGAACACGACUGGGCCAUUGUGUUGCUCCAACGAUAUAACUCACAUCUGCGGGAGCAGGCUACCAAGAGACGGAACAGCUACAGGAAGCUGCAGGAGACCUUGAAGCUUGAGCAGGCCAAGCAGCAGGCUCUCAGCUGUUCAGGCGGGCCUGAUGGUGGCCUGAGCCAUGGCAAUGCCGGAAAACAUAACUCCCUGAUCAUAAAGUUGAUGCGUCAUGUGGAAAAGCUCUCCGCCACGCCCGUGUCCGAUCACAGCCGCACCAGCAGCACCGUUUCGUUGUCUCAGAUCAUUGGACGCGACCACCUUAAGAUGGAUCCCGAGGAGGUGCUCGAUGAUGUGUACAAGGCAUUCUGUAGCAUGGUCUACAACUACUGGUUGACCCAAAUGCAUCCCACUGAAUGCGUGAAGCCCAUGCCAUCGACUGCCAGCCGUCGUUCACCGAACGAUGAAUAGCGCUUGGAAACCUAUCAGUAAUCCACUCAACUCUACACCAAACAACACCACCAGCUCAAUAUAAUAUUAUACGAACGAACCAAUCCACACUCCACGACCGAUACAAAUUCACAAUUGUUAUAGUUUUUAGAUGCACUGUUCUUGAAUUCAAAAUUACACGCGCCCUUUGCGAGGGGACUAGUUGCCA